AUGGAGAGUGCUAUCACGCUGUGGCAGUUUCUGCUGCAGUUACUGCUGGAUCAGAGCCAUAAGCACCUGAUUUGCUGGACGUCCAACGACGGCGAGUUCAAGCUGCUGAAGUCAGAAGAAGUCGCCAAACUCUGGGGCCUGCGCAAAAACAAGACCAACAUGAACUACGACAAACUUAGCCGAGCGCUACGCUACUACUAUGACAAGAACAUCAUCAAGAAGGUGAUUGGUCAGAAGUUUGUGUACAAGUUCGUCUCAUUCCCUGAUAUCCUGAAGAUGGAUCCCCAAGCAGUGGAGCUCGGUCGGGAUGGGGGUCACGUCGCAGGGGGCGUCAUGUUACAGGAUGUGGAGUCAGACUGCGGCGAGGGGGAGGAGUCUCCAAAACUGUCGCUGUCUUCGCUGCGAAGCCCCGCCUGUAGGAACGAGUAUCUUCACUCGGGUCUGUACUCGUCUUUCACAGUCAGCUCCCUUCAAAACCCGCCUCCACUGCUGCGUCCAAUCAAAGUCGAGAACCAGCGAGGGUGCGAGCGAGGGGAGGAGGGACAAACGGUGAUUCGAUUCGUCACUAAUCGAUCAGAGAAAGCCAUUCCCCUUGCUUCCUCGCCUCCCCCUUCAUCCGGAGAAGUCUUCUUCACUUCCAAAUCCUCCCCGUGCUCUUCCCGAAGCCCCUCUCCUUCCCAUAGCCCUGUCUACACGCUGCGACAUGGGCAGAGCCCAGAGGCUCGCAUAGACGAAUCAGAGCCCAGCGCUCAGCCUUUAAAUUUAUCUUCCAGCCACAGGGAGCGAGCCCAGAAUCAGGCUUCGCCCCUCGAGAGGAGGACCAGUAGCAACAGACUGCCUCCGAAAGCCCGGAAACCCAAAGGGCUGGAAAUCUCCGCCCCUUCAAUACUGCUUUCAGGAAGUGACUUGGGCUCCAUCGCCCUCAACAGCCCAGCACUGCCCUCAGGGUCCCUUACGCCAGCCUUUUUCACUGCACAGACUCCCUCCGGUUUGCUGUUGACGCCCAGUCCUCUCCUGUCCUCCAUUCAUUUCUGGAGCAGCCUGAGUCCCGUGGCCCCCCUCAGCCCCGCCAGACUACAGGGACACAGCUCACUCUUUCAGUUCCCCUCCCUGCUGAACGGCCCACUUCCAGUUCCCCUGCCAAACCUGGACUCUCCUUCAUCCUCCUCCUCCUCCUCAUCAUCCUCUUCCUCUCUCCUCUUGUCCUCCAGCGGGCAGAAAUCCUGA